AAUCAAAUUCAAAUCCUUUCUUUAUUAAAUCAAUCAUCUUCCUCCUUAGAUUCUCUGUUUCCUCCGCAAUGGCCACGCCAAGCGAAGCAUCAGCUCUUUCCUUCAUCAAGAAGCAUCUUCUCGACGAAUCUUCUCCGCUGCCUAAAGUCACCACCACCAAUCCAUGGAUCGCUUCAGAAACCAUCUCGAAUUUUUCAAUAUUCGGUUCAUUUGACCAAACCGGUUUUGAUUUUUCUGAAUUUGAGACUAAACCGGAAAUAACCGAUCUCGUGACGCAUAGAUUCACUGAUUUGUUCGAAUCCGAACCGGAGGCGAAUGCUGAAAUUCAACUAGCAUCGAGCGAAUCUUUCACGUUCCAAUCGAAUCCACGCGGUGUUUCUGGUCCAGCCUCGCGAUCGAAUCGGAAACCGCCGUUGAAGAUCGAGCCGCCGAGCAGAACCGAGUGGAUUCAAUUCGCAACCGAAAAUCCUCAGCCGGAGCAGCUUCCCGUACAUGUGGCCGCAGAAGAGAAGAGGCAUUACAGAGGAGUGAGGAUGAGGCCGUGGGGGAAGUUCGCGGCGGAGAUCCGAGAUCCGAACCGUCGGGGAACUAGGGUUUGGCUCGGGACGUUUGACACGGCGAUCGAAGCCGCUAGGGCUUACGAUCAAGCAGCGUUUAGACUCCGAGGGUCAAAGGCCAUUGUGAAUUUCCCGCUUGAGGUAGGGACGUGGAAUCAACGCGCUGACGUUGGACAGAACAAACGGAAGCGAGACGGAGAGGGAGAAGAGGUGACUGUGGUUGCGAAAGUGCUGAAGACGGAGGAGAGUCACGCCGUUGAGACAGAAACGUCGAGUUUAACGGCGGUAGAUGACUGGGAUUUGACGGAGCUUUUGAGCAUGCCGCUGUUAUCGCCGUUAUCUCCACACCCUCCGUUUGGUUAUCCACAAUUGACUGUUGUGGAAAUGUGGGUGCCUACUUUGAGCUCAAGCUCGUGUUCAAGUGAUGAGAACACUGGAGAGGAGGCCAGGCUUACCCCGGUUUAUCUCAAUGUCUAUGAUCUAACCCCUGUCAACAAUUAUCUCUAUUGGUUUGGUAUCGGCAUUUUCCAUUCCGGAAUUGAGUCUCAUGGUUUGGAGUAUUGCUAUGGAGCUCACGAGUACCCAACGAGUGGGGUAUAUGAGGUUGAACCUAAGAACUGCCCAGGUUUCAUCUUUAGACGCUCCGUUUUGCUGGGAACUACAACCAUGUCCCGCUCAGACUUCCGCUCUUACAUGGAGAAGCUUUCAAGAAAAUACCAUGGUGACACUUACCACUUGAUUGCCAAGAACUGUAACCAUUUCACCGAACAAGUUUGCUUGCAGCUCACUGGAAAGCCUGUUCCAGGUUGGAUCAAUCGCCUCGCCCGAGUCGGUUCGUUCUGUAAUUGUCUUCUACCAGAAAGCAUUCAGCUCACAGCUGUUAGUGCUCCUUCCGAACGCCUUGAAUUCUCUGAUGAGGAUGAAUCAAACUCAGAGGCAUCUUCUGUGUCAGAUGAUGAAGGACCAGAGCAUCGUCUUAUAAAUGUAGCGGACAGAGAGGUUGUGUAUCUACAAAACAAACCAGUGCGACUUACCAGAGAGGAGAUUCAUUGAGAAGACUUCCUUCCUGAACCCAAGCCAACCAAUCAUUGCAGAGCAGCGUUAAACAACGUAGAAGCCAUGGAAACCCAAAGGGAGUCGCUGAUAUUUGGUCUUUUUGGCUCAUUUAAUAUUCUUGUAAUUCAAUAUUUUAUUAAAAUUGGAACACCCUUUUGCAUUA